AUGGCUCUAAGCAUCGUGGUCGCAUUUGGAAUGGCUCAAAGCAUCGCGAUCGCAUUUGGAACUAUUCGAAAGGUUACGGUAGCAUUUUGAAUGGCUUGAGGCCGCAUUUGGAAUGGCUCAAAGCGUUUCGGUCGCAUUUGGAAUGACUCGAGGCCGCAUUUGUAAUGGCUCAAAGCAUCCAGGACGCAUUGGGAAUGGCUCAAAGCAUCCUGGACGCAUUAGGAAUGAUUCGAAAGGUUACGGUCGCAUUUGGAAUGGCUCUAAGCAUCGUGGUCGCAUUUGGAAUGGCUCAAAGCAUCGCGAUCGCAUUUGGAAUGACUCUGAGCUUCCUGGACGCAUUUGGAAUAGCUCAGAACGUCCCGGUAGCAUUUGGAAUGGUUGUAAGCGUCGCGGUCGCAUUUGGAAUGUCUCUAAGCAUCCUGGUCGCAUUUGGAAUGGCUUGA